AUGGGGACACUGAGUACGGGCACAGCCCCACGGCCCUGCGGGGACACCGAGGCCAGGAACAGCCCCAUGGGGACACUGAGUACGGGCACAGCCCCACGGCCCUGCGGGGACACCGAGGCCGGGAACGGCCCCAUUACGGGCACAGCCCCACGGCCCUGCGGGGACACCGAGGCCAGGAACGGCCCCAUGGGGACACUGAGUACGGGCACAGCCCCACGGCCCUGCGGGGACACCGAGGCCAGGAACGGCCCCAUGGGGACACUGAGUACGGGCACAGCCCCACGGCCCUGCGGGGACACCGAGGCCAGGAACGGCCCCAUGGGGACACUGAGUACGGGCACAGCCCCACGGCCCUGCGGGGACACCGAGGCCAGGAACGGCCCCAUGGGGACACUGAGUACGGGCACAGCCCCACGGCCCUGCGGGGACACCGAGGCCAGGAACGGCCCCAUGGGGACACUGAGGCUCAGACCGGCCCCUCAGACCCCAGCCUGGUCCCCCUUCCAUGUCCCCUGGGUUCAGCACGGCCCCUCGGCCCCCAGCCUGGCCCACUGUCGCUGCUGCCCCCUUGCUUCCCCUCAGCGCCCCUUGCCACGGGACGGCUACACGCAGAUCAUCGCUGAUGACCGAGGACAUCUGCUCCCCUCUGUGCCCCGUUCGAAGGCUUCCCCCUGGGGCACCUUUUUGGGAACCUGGGACAUGCCCUUGAAAAUUCCCCCAGCCAGGCUGAAUCUGACCUCCCGUUCGGCUGCCGCAGCGGCACAGCUCACUGACUGGAUCCACAAGUCCACCACCCUGACCAGCGCCUGCAACGGCCUCCGACCAGAGAUCACUGGCAAGCCUCAGGCAGACCGAGCCCUGCCAGUCUGCCGAGGAUUCAGUCCUCCCCAUGCUCCUGGCGAGCCUAGCAAGGAGCCCAACCCUGCAGCAAACCCCGCCUGCGGUAGUAGGCCUCCUUGGCCCCAAGAGCCUUGGUCAGACACGCAAGACACCAGGGAGCCUUCCGGAAAAGCCAGUCGGACAUCUAGCAAGGGCAUCCAGAAUCCCCAGCUCUCUCCCAAAAUGGCAGUGGAGGAGAAGUGUGGCCAUGAAGUGGAUGCCAUGGUCGGGGUGCCACUCUCUCGCAAGCUUGGCCACCUGGAUGUCCGGCUGAGAGAAGAUGUAUCACCGGAGAUCCCAGCUUCAUGCCAGCCUCACUCCAAGCAGGCCAAGCACAGGGUAGACAGCCCAGCUGAGGUCCCGCUCUCCCGCCAGCCCGGCUUCACAGAUCUUAGACUCAGGGAUGCCAUCUCACCCAAAAUCCCAGCUUCGCUCCUCUGUACUUCGAGGGAGGCUAGCCCUCAGCAGCCCACCUCAGUGGAGGUCUCCGCUCCGAGCUGGUCUGGCUCCAUUGAGGCCAAACCCAAGGCGGGUAGUUCACCAAGCCUCGUGGUUUCGCCUUGUCGUGCAUCAGCAGAGGCCAGUCCCCGAGGAAGCACCUCCCCUGAGGCACUGGUGCCCGGCCACUCUGCCUCCAAGGCUAGCUGUGCCUCCAGGACACGGAAGGGGACAGCCAAGAGAGAGAAGAGUGUGUCCCCAGAGCAGGAUGGGUGGACAAGGUGCCUGCCAUGCUCUGAAGAGAGAGCGGGGCAAACGCCCCAGUCGGGCCCAAGCACGAGACAAGGGCAAACAUCUCUUACGCGAUUUUGAGCCCUUCUUGCUCGCCUCACUCCCUCCCCCUGGCUGCAGGCACUUCCCCUCCCCUGCUGCGCCCUGCAUCUAGCACAAACCAUCCCCCCUUCCUCUUGCUUGCAAGUAAGAGGCUCCGGCUGGGUGAGGCGAGCAGAGCCACAGGACAUGCCGGCUUCUCAGCGCCUGGGAACGCGCUCACAACCAGAAACUGCUUUUCCACCUAAGCCUGUGCCCAAGCCCUAGCAGUGAAGAAGGAGAGCAGGUUCAAAGAAGCCCAAGCAAGGCAGACAGCACUGUGUAGUCAGCAUUUGUGUUUUCAUGGCAACUGGAAAAAUAAAA